AUGUUGCAUACGAUUUUAAUUUUGGUUUUGGUGUUGGUUUCAGUGUUGAUUUCCGUGCAGUCCGUGCCCGUGCCUUCGGAUACGGCGGAUGCACAUGCGGAGAUUCGUAGCUUCAUCAAUGAACUGAAGCAGGAGGACAACAGCUACAAGUAUCAGUUUGAGACGAGCAAUGGCAUUGCACAACAGGAGCAGGGAGUUGGUGGAUAUUAUGCAAGUGGCUCAUCGCAGUAUUACGAUCCGGAAGGACAGCUAAUUCAGUUGACUUACACGGCCGAUGAGAACGGAUUCCAGCCACAGGGAGAGCAUCUGCCAACGCCACAUCCCAUUCCCGAGGCCAUACUCAAGUCACUCGAAUGGAAUCGCAAUCAUCCCGAGGAGGAGCAGGAGGAGUUGCACUAUAAUAAACAUGCACAUGCCGAGCAAUUCCUGCAGGCGCCAGCAUCCGCACCCGGUUUGCCAUAUGAGCGAAAGAUUUAA